UCCAGCCUAGCUAACUAGUCAUGGAUAUGCAUCCACCACCCAAAAUGCUUGCCUCUCUCACCAUCACCAUACUGAUGAUGAUAGCCUCCUCCGUCCCACUUGCGUCGCGUGCAGCGGUGCCCGAAGCACAAGUAAGAGCGCUCCUCGCCUGGAAAGCAAGCCUCGACAACCAAAGCCAGCAUGCCCUGCACUCAUGGGGAAACACGGCAGCGCCCUGCAAUUGGCGUGGCAUCACUUGCGGUACCGGUGUGCAUCGGCAUCAGCGCCGGCCGGUGAUCAGUGGCAUCUCUUUGCCCGAGAUGAGACUGGGAGGGACGCUAGAGUCCCUCAACUUCUCGGCAUUGAGGACCCUGACACACCUCGACCUCUCGGACAACCACAUUGCCGGGAGCAUUCCUCCUAGUAUGGAUGUCCUCGGAGAGCUCCGCGCUCUCCUUCUGCAAGGCAACCUGAUAACAGGCUCAAUUCCUCUAGGUCUAGGAAAUCUCACAAAAUUGCGUUCCUUAAUGCUUCAUGAAAAUGAAGUCUCCGGUGAAAUACCAAGGCACAUAGGCAACAUGAUUUAUCUUGAGACCCUCAACCUUUCAGGUAAUCACUUAGUUGGUCAUAUCCCUUCUGAGAUAGGCCACCUAAAGCACUUGGUUAGGUUAGAUUUGUCUAAUAAUAAUCUUUCUGGCUCAAUCCCAUACAGUGUACUUGACUUGACCAAACUCACUACCUUAUACCUUUACCGCAACCAACUUUCUGGACACAUCCCUCGAGAACUUGGUCAUUUGGUCAACUUAAAAGACUUGGCCCUUAGCUACAAUACGUUGAUAGGUUCCAUCCCAAAUAGCUUAGGAAAUUUGACAAAACUCACUACCUUGUACCUUAAUGUGAACCAACUUUCUGGUCAAAACCCACGAGAACUAAGUCGGUUGUUGUCGUUAGAGAUCUUAGAUCUCCGCAGCAACAUGCUAAAAGGUUCCAUCCCAAAUUGCCUUGGUAAUUUGACCAAACUCACUACCUUAUACCUUUACCACAACCAACUUUCUGGACACAUCCCUCAAGGACUAGGUCGCCUUGUGAGCUUAGAGGAUUUGGAGCUUAGUAGCAACACACUAACUGGUUCCAUCCCUAAUAGCAUAGGAAAAUUGACAAAACUCACCACCUUACACCUUUAUCGUAACCAACUUUUUGGAAAAAUUCCACAAGAACUAGGUCGCCUUGUGAACUUAGAGGAUUUGGAGCUUAGUAACAAUGCACUAACUGGUUCCAUCCCAAAUAGCAUAGGAAAUUUGACAAAACUCACUAUCUUAUUUCUUAGCAACAAUCAAAUUUCUAGACACAUCCCUCAAGAACUAGGUCGCCUUGUGAACUUAGAGGAUUUGGAGGUUAGUAACAAUGCACUAACUGGUUCCAUCCCAAAUAGCAUGGGAAAUUUGACAAAACUCACAACCUUGUAUCUUAACUUCAACAGACUUUCUGGACACAUCCCUCGAGAGCUAGAUUAUCUUGAGAACUUAGAGAAGUUGUCGUUUUGGUACAACACACUAACAGGUUCCAUGCCAAACAGCCUAGGAAAUUUGACAAAACUCACUACCUUGUGCCUUUCGCAAAACCAAAUUUCUGGACACAUCCCUCAAGAACUAGGUCACCUUGUGAACAUAGAGGAUUUGGAGCUUCGUGACAAUGCACUAACUGGUUCCAUCCCAAAUAGCAUAGGAAAUUUGACCAAGCUCACAAUCUUGUAUCUUGACAACAACCAACUUUCUGGACACAUCCCUCGAGAACUAGGUUAUUUGGUCAACUUAUUGUCUUUAUCUCUUAGAAAUAAUUCACUAACAGGUCCCAUCCCAAAUAGCUUUGGCAAUCUGAGACACCUUUAUAAAUUGGACUUUGGCCAGAACCAACUUUCUGGACAAAUUUCAUGAGAGUAGGUUGGCUGUUGAAUCUAGAGUACUCAGAGCUUAGCAACAACACACUUACAGAUUUCAUCACAAACAGUUUAGAGUAUAUUGUAGAAUUAUCUUUUUGGGAAAAUUUCACAAGAAGUAGAAGGUGCACCGUCCUCCGGGCUCCUCCUGCUGCUCCUCUCCUCUCCCUCAGGGGACCAACCCCCUGCGCAAGCUCCUCCUGCCGGACCCACCUCCGACGACUCCAGCUCCCCCGCCGCGGUGCUGCUGCACAAGCUCAUUCUCACGGCGGCCACCUCCGCCUCCUCUUCCUAUGCGCUCGUCCUCACUGCCGGCACCUGGCGCGCUCACCCUCGCCGCCGUCUUCGACCGCCGCGCGACCCCUCUCGCCUGCGCCACCGACGUCGUCGCCGCGCUCUCCUGCGAGGAGGCGCGCCUGGGCCGUCCCCGAAGCGACGGCCGCGUCCAACUACUCGAUCAGGUCCUCCAACCUCGGCUCGCGGCCGCCGGGGUCCCUAGGGCGAUCUCAUUCUCCAAGGUGCCGGGGGGUGGCGCGGGCUCAAUGCUCCGGUACUGACCGUGCAGCUUGUACGGUCGAUGUGCAACCCCAGCGCCGCUCGGCCACUGCUUCUGUGCUAAUUAAUGCUGCUUAGGGAACGGAAAGAGCGUUCUUCGCGUGGAUUCCCCCCAAGCUAAAGCUAUCGCUGUUGUUUGCUCUUGCUCCCUGCACUUGUCCUAAAGUGAAGAAAGCUACGGAGAGCAGUGAAUUAGCCAGGUGAAGAUUGCCUAAAGUUCCCAAGGCAACAUGUGACUCUUGCGGCGAUCAAAUGGCCACAAGGUGAAGGCGGCGUGCACUUUCAGUAAUGACUGAUUUGUUUGACAAGGACGGUGUUGUUGAAAUUGAUACGCCUGCAUUUGAGUUGAGAGAAACCCUUACGGCCAAAUAUGGAAGGCAAGCCAGUGUGGCGCCCAAAGAAGAAGCGGCCCUGUCACAUUCACCGCUACGAGCCUGCCACCUGGGAGACAUGAAGGAGAGCAGGCGCUACUUAUCAGAGAGCCUGAAGCAUCCUCUUGUAUGCAUGAACUCUAGAACCCGAAUUCCAGCGAGUAAUUGAGGACUGCUGAACGAGGCACAUAACAUCACCGCCACGAUGAAAAUGUUGUUGAAGAAAUCUUCCAGGGGCUGUGUCAGAAGCAGGGAGGCCUCGGCAAAGGUUUUAACGUCGACUCCUGGCUGCAAGAAAUCAUGGUGAACAUAAUAGAUGCCAACAGUGUAAGCUGCACAACUGAAACUCGUCGCCCUGAGAACUGAGAAUAUUAGACUUGUGUACCAGGAUGGAUCUUAUCGGCAGCCUCCAGGUAGACUCUUCGGCCUUGUCGAAUACGCUCCACAAGGCCCUCUUCCACAGUAAGACAAGAAAUGUUGAGGCAGUGGCAGCCGAUACUACUCUGUUGGUGAUGGGCAAGCCUGGUUCAUGACUCAAGCUGCACUCUGAGUUUGUCACUCAGUUGUGAUAACAGGGUGCGUAUCUAUGUAAAAACAUCCAAUUCCUCCCAAGCAGAUUCAAUUUGUUCCACAUUGGUAUGUACGAAAACCUGGUUUGGUUUCACCAGAAAGUACGUUGUAGUCACUGUAAAAAAAACCUGGCUUUGUUUCACCAGAUUAUUUC